AGCUUGGGUAGCAGUUUCCAGGGUAGUGUGAGUGGUAACUACCCACAAAGCAUGAGCUCCCCACUUGCAUCGGCGAGCGCAAGCAUGAGUAAUGUCUCAAGCGCUGUCAGCAGCGACACUGAGCAUCAGACUACAGCAUUACCAAGCUACGAAAAGGAAGUCAAACACCGAGAGCGACGAGACGCAGCGCGGCUGCAGAUUCAAAAGCAAAUGGAAGCGGCUCGCAUCAAGGAAAAGGAGAAAGAGAGGAAAAAGAACAAGCUCUUGCCACCUGCAUUACGAAAGAGGAGGGAGAAGGGAGAGAUCCCAUCGAGAAGUGCUAACAGCACGCCUCUCGAGGAGAAGAACAUGAUUUGAUGAUGCUUUUGAAGAACCGGCGGUGAUACCACUUUGAUGACGAUUCCCCCAUUUUUGUUGCACCACAGCGAGAAUGAAGCUUCUCUUGUCCGCCAACGGGAAAGUACACCGGGCUGGGCUUAUGAGUUUUGUUUUGUAUCGAAAGCGAGCGACGAAGCUAGAUUGCGAGUUGGAGGCAUGAGAGCUGGGCUGGGCGGUUACGAAUGACUUUUUUUUUGGCUUUUUGUCUGAACUUUUUUAGGGUAUGAGAGCGAUUAUUUUCUCUCACGAGAGAAAGAGAUCUGGGCGGCGGCAUUGAUAACUACGGAACUAGAUUUUUCAUAACUUGUCGUCGAUGCACAAGAUGGAUAUCUAGGUCGAAGACAGUACGCUAGAGUAUCUUUUAUC